CGCUCCAUCCUGACCAUCCAUUACCUCACCAUCAUCAUCAUCAUCCCAUACAUCCAUACAUGCAUAGCCAUUCAAACUCAUUUCUAUAUAUUCAAAUCCUCCCUUCAUUCCAACUCCCAAUUACUGAUUCUUAGAGAAAUCUUCAAAGAAAUGGUAGAGCAAAAGGUGGAAGAAUCACCCGCUAAAAAUGAAGCCGAGAAGAAGCCGGCGACUCCUGCGCCGGCUCCGGCAGCGGUUCCGGUAGCCACGGACGGUGGAGCUAAGAAAGAAGACGGCGGAGCAAUCACCGCCAUAUACAAAAUCGACAUGCAUUGCGAAGGGUGUGCAAAGAAGAUUAAACGAGCUGUCCGACAUGUCAAAGACGUGGAGAGUGUGAAGGCGGAUUGUGGGGCUAAUCAGUUAACUGUGAUUGGUAAAAUGGACGUUGUUGCUGUAAAACAGAAAUUGGAGCUUAAAACCAAAAAGAAAGUGGAGCUUAUUUCCCCUCAGCCCAAAAAGGAUGCCGCCGCCGCUCCCGCCGCCGCUGAGAAGAAGGCUGAUGAGAAGAAGCCUGAAGAGAAAAAAGCUCCUGAAGAAAAACCCAAAGAGAGCACUGUCGUCUUGAAGAUCCGACUACAUUGUGAUGGUUGCAUUCAAAAAAUCCGCAGAAUAAUCUCGAAAAUCAACGGAGUUCAAUCGGUGGAUUUGGACGGAGCAAAAGAUUUGGUCACCGUUAAAGGAACAAUGGAUGUGAAGCAACUCGAGCCGUAUCUCAAAGACAAACUCAAAAGAAGCGUCGAAAUUAUCCCACCCAAAAAGGAAGAACCUGCCGGAGAAAAGAAAAAGGAAGAAUCCCCUGCUCCGGCCGCAGCCGCCCCUGGUGUCGGUGAAAAGAAGAAGGAAGAAGCCGGUGGUGGUGGUGAGAAGAAGGAAAAGGAAGGCGGUGGGGGCGAAAAGAAAGAGAAGGAAGGCGGUGGCGGUGGGGGUGGGGGUGAAAAAAAGGAUGGUGAAUCGAAACCGGCACCACUGCCCGCAGCCGAGGGCGGCGGAGCAAAGCCGGCGGAUGUAGUGAACAAGUUGGAAUAUUACGGUGGCUAUCCGUACGAACCACUAUACUACGAGGCACCGAUGCAAUACCAUAGCUACUCAAUGGAAGCUAACCCGAGUUACUAUAACCCCAACUAUGGUUACAAUAACCUUGGUUACACAGACCAUAGAUACGGCGUCGUUCCAAUGGACCACCAUUACCCUCACCACAUGCAACAUGAUCAGCCGCAGAUGUUCAGCGACGAGAAUCCCAACGCCUGUUCCGUCAUGUAAGACUCCGAUCAACGGUUGAGAUUUCAUCUUUAAAAAAGUCCAUAAUCUGUAAAUAGAGACAUAUAUAUGUAAAAUCAAAAUGAGCUCACUAGCAAAACAAAGGAAAGGGGGAAAAAAAGAUGGAUUUUUGGGGUCUGGUUCGACCGGUUCGGUUCGGUUUUGUAUGUGUUGUUUGGUUGGGGUGGGGUUGGUGGGUGGUUGGUCAUUUUCGUUGUUUCGUUUCAAGCUCAGGAAUUUUUGUUUGUAAUUUAUGGAAUUAAUAAAUAUUGACAAAUAAUAAAAUAGACGAUAAUUUUGGUGUAAAA